CGCUUCGUGCUCCGAUUGGCCUCGGCCGUGCGCAGGCGCGGAAUCUCCGCUGCUCGUCUCGGGCGCAGUGAUUGGAGGGCGCUCUGCGCAUGCGUGCACCGUUCCGCCCGGCUUGGGAGCCUUCGCGCCAUUCGGAGGAGUGUGGGGCGGCUGGUCACGUGGUGGGGGAGGAGAGAGAGACCCCGGGUUACCUCAGAGACGGGGGAGAACUGUCACCAGCGACACCCGGGAUUGAGCCUCCUCCCUGAGCCGCCGCCGCCGCUGCCACCAUCCGACAGCCGGGGCCUUCGAGCCGCAGCCGCUGCUGCCAUCAUGAAGGGCCGGAUCGAGUUGGGAGACGUGACUCCUCAUAACAUUAAGCAGCUGAAGCGCUUGAACCAGGUCAUCUUCCCAGUCAGUUACAAUGACAAGUUCUACAAAGACGUCUUGGAGGUUGGGGAGCUGGCAAAACUUGCCUAUUUCAAUGACAUUGCGGUUGGGGCCGUUUGUUGUCGAGUCGACCACUCUCAGAAUCAGAAGAGACUUUAUAUCAUGACCCUCGGCUGUCUGGCACCGUACCGCAGGCUAGGAAUAGGAACAAAGAUGCUGAACCACGUUUUAAACAUUUGUGAAAAGGACGGCACCUUCGACAACAUCUAUCUGCAUGUCCAGAUCAGCAAUGAAUCCGCUAUAGACUUCUACAGAAAGUUUGGCUUUGAGAUCAUUGAAACAAAGAAGAAUUACUACAAGAGGAUAGAGCCCGCCGACGCUCACGUGCUGCAGAAAAACCUGAAGCUCUCUUCUCCCGCACCGAACGCAGAAGUGCAAAAGAGUGAAAACUAAACUGAGACCUGGACGAAACUUUUUUUUUCUUGCACUUGCUUGUCGCCAAAUACGGAUAAGAGACCCGUUGAGUUUUACUGAGCGCACACUUCUAAUAUCUCUUCUUCCUUCUCCACUUGAAAAAAAAAAAUAAUUUUUAAAAAAAAAGUGUUGAAUGCUUCUCAAAAGAGCUGUACAAUCUCGUAUGUAUAUUGUCUGGUUGAACUCUGAAAUGUUUCCCAUGUGUGGAGAUGAUCCAAGCGGGGAAGUUACGGAUUUUUUUUUUUUUCUUUUUUUUUUUUUCUUUCAGGCUUUUCCCGUUUUUGGUUGGAAGAGUUGGGUGGCUUCUAUCAGUCUGAAAUAAUAGUCUUUAAAUAAAAUAUAAUUUCUUUUUAGCAUUCU